GUAAACGUAUGUCACCACCUCCAAAAACACAUAAGCUCCCAAAACAGCUUCGAUCAAAAGGAAGCAAAAGGGAAAAAGAAGAAUUAAAUUUAAUAGAUAACUUCUUUGUAGAAAAUGAUCAAUGUCAUAUUCCACCAUCCACCCAACAUGGUUGCAGAAGUCAGCCAUUAGUAGACCUAACACGAGCACAAAAGAAGUAAAUGAAAAAAAGAAUUAAGUUGUCGUAGGUUACCCAUAUUCAUAGUGCAAACGGGGAAAAAAAGUCAUUGAAUUAGAUUUCAUGUCCCAAUUCACAAGCGCACUUUUUGUUUCAAAGGGGGGAAUUUGGGAAUAGGGAUCCUUAUAAAUAGAGGGUUUUGGAAAAGCAUAAAGUGUACUUCUUGGGAAGAAUCAUUUUUUCUCUCUAUAAUCACCGGUAACGCUUGGCCGUAGUCUUAGAUUCACACCUAAACCACAUUCUCCAAUCUUUCUACACUCCCAGACAUUUUAUGUUACUAAAGAUAAGUAUUCAACAACUCCUCUCCAUUUCUGCCAUUUGCAGCUUCUGUACAGGUUGAUUAAAGGGGGAGAGUAUAUGAUGAUGAGGAAGAAGGUGGUGAUGAGCAGCAGCCAGCAUAAGAGACGUCGGCAAUGGAGUUCUUGCAGUUGUUUGGUGGGGUGGUUUGGAAUUAUGCUUCAGUUAAUGUUGCUGACUGAAUGUGCAGUAAUUACAACUAAUCAGUUAAGUUUUUAUCUUCUUCUUCUUCAUUCAUUCAUUCAUUCAUUAUCUUUUACUUUGCGUCUUCAUCUUCUCCAUCGUUUGCUUCUUUAAUAUUACGGUGUUUUAUUUUGACCAUUUUACCAUGUCACCAAAUAAUUAAAUGCUCUUCUUUUUGAAGAAUGUGUUUUUUCUUCCUUUUUUUUUUUCUUGGUGGGGUGAGGAUGUUAGUGGAAUUUAAUUAUUUUUCUAUUUAACACAAAGGUCUAAAAGAACUCCUUUUUCCCACUUUUGAAAAAGAAAGAAAAAAAAAACACCAAUUGGUAUAACUUGCGAAGAAGGUUACCUUGAAUGUGGCUUUGGAGACUUUAAUGUCGGAUGAUCCAAGCGUUUAUUUUUCUUCUGCUUCGUUCUUCUUCUUUAUAUUGCAACUUGUGACUUAACUUUGGACUUUGGAGGCUAGUAAAACAUCAUUCCAAUACACAUAAAAACAUAUAUACAAGCACAUUCUCUUUCUCUCAUGUGUGUCUUCAGCUACUUUAGUGUUUUGUGCUCUUUUUGUCUUUUUCCACCCCUAGUUUUUGCACUAUGAAACAACAUAGAUUAACUUGUGGUGCUUUCUGCAACAAUUUCAUUUUUAAAAUUACCACUUGGGAGAAUUUGGACCUCAUUCCCAUUCACCGCACCCCAAUAUCACUAUUCAUUACCAAUAUUGUACACUCCCGUGAUCAUGUUUCUUGACACAAAUCGAAACAACAAAAAGUGCACAAUUUUUAUUCCCUUUUCUCGAGCCAAUUCCAUCCAUUUAUAGGCACUAGGGGAAGACCAUUUUCCAUUUCAAUAUUUUUUUUUAAAAAAAAAAAAAAAUUUGGUCUCAAAAAAUGUACUCAUGCCUUCAUCUGUGUAGAGGAGGUGAAAUUUGAUGUAUGUUUGUUUAUUACCAGCGUUUGUUCUAUAAACCUUUGAAAAUUUCACAAAUGUUUUUUUUUUUUUUUAUGAAAAAAUUGUUCGAAAGUUUUCCUCCCACCUGGAAAAUCAUUACCAGGAUAUACUUGCAUAAGUUCUCUUUAUUAGCGCCAAGAUCAUAUCUGAUUUUCUAAUUUAUUUAUUUAUAAUUCUGGCUCUUAAUUUGGUUGUAUCCUUGCAGAAAUAUUACUAAGAAAGGCAACAACGAUCAAGAGUCGUAUCCUCCCGUUCGAUUGCAUAGACUGAGAAAUCGAGUUGUGAUGGAAAAUGGCUUGGUGAGUAUCACUUUAUCUGUUCCAGCGGGGGAGGUAAUUGGAAUUCAGUACAAUGGCAUUCAGAAUCUACUAGAAGCAAAUAAACUCGACAACAGAGGGUAUUGGGAUAUUGUAUGGCAACACCCAGAAAGUCGUGAAAACAUAAUAGACAAGAUGGAGGGAACAAAUUGCAGGGUGAUUAUGGAAGAUGAGAGUCAAGUAGAGAUAUCCUUCACAAGAACCUUUGAUGAUUCUGCAGAUAAAAGACACGUUCCCCUUAAUAUUGACAAAAGGUUUAUACUAUUGCGUGGCUCAUGUGGGUUUUAUUCGUAUGGCAUUUUUGAACGCUUGGAAGGAUGGCCUGAUGUUGAUCUUAUUCAGGGCCGAAUUGUAUUUAAGCUUGAUGAGAAAUUGUUCACAUAUAUGGCUAUAUCUGAUGAAAGGCAGAGAAUAAUGCCAACACCUGAAGACAGGGAAAAAGGUCAACCUCUUGCAUACCCUGAAGCUGUUCUUCUAACAGAUCCUAGCAAUUCAUUUCUCAGAGGAGAGGUAGAUGACAAAUAUCAAUAUUCUUGUGAUAAUAAUAAGUGUUGGGUUCAUGGAUGGAUUUGCCCAAACCCAGCCACAGGGUUUUGGAUGAUUACCCCUAAUAUUGAGUUCAAAACUGCUGGGCCUGUUAAACAAGACCUUACCUCCCAUGUUGGCCCAACUGUUCUUUCUAUGUUCUUUAGCACUCAUUACGCCGGAGAGUCAUUGGAAAUAUCAUUUAGGAACGGAGAGCCCUGGAAAAAGGUGUUUGGGCCUGUUAUGAUCUACCUUAAUUCUGUAUCACAAGAUGAUGAUCCCCUCAAACUCUGGGCUGAUGCCAAGGGACAGAUGUUAUUGGAGGGAGAAAGUUGGCCAUAUGAUUUCGUUCUUUCAGAAGACUACCCUUUUGCUCAUCAACGAGGAAGAGUUGGUGGUCGGUUACUUGUCCAAGAUAGUUACAUAAGUGAGAGCCUAAUUACUGGGAAUUCUGCUUAUGUUGGCUUGGCAGCACCGGGAGAGGCCGGAUCUUGGCAGACAGAAAAUAAGGGUUAUCAAUUUUGGACACAAGCAGAUGAGGAAGGAUACUUUGUGAUUAAAAAUAUCCGACCGGGAAACUAUAGUCUGUAUGCUUGGGUCCCUGGGUUUCUCGGAGACUACAAGUAUGAAAACUAUAUCAUCAUAACACCUGGAAGUAGAAUCGUGGUUGGGAAUUUAGUGUAUCAGCCUCCAAGAUAUGGUCCAACAUUGUGGGAAAUCGGCAUUCCUGAGAGGACAGCUCUUGAGUUCUUCAUACCCGAUCCUAAUCCCAAGCUUUUGAAUCAACUUUAUUCUGUCGACCAAGCACAAAAGUAUAGGCAAUACGGAUUGUGGGAUCGGUACACAGAAUUAUAUCCAACACAAGAUUUAGUUUUCACCGUUGGGGUCGACAAUUAUCAAACUGAUUGGUUCUUUGCCCAUGUAACUAGACUUUCUGGGAAUCAUUAUGUUCCGACAACUUGGACAAUAGUAUUUGAUUUGCAACUCACUGAUGCUUCUGCUAUCUACAUGCUCCAAUUAGCUUUGGCAUCCGCGUGUGAAGCUGAAUUGCAAGUUCGAAUCAACAACCCAGAUCCAGGAGCCCUCUAUUUCACUACAAAUUUGAUUGGAAAGGACAAUUCAAUUGCUAGACAUGGUAUUCACGGGUUAUAUUGGUUGUACUACAUACAAGUCCCUGGCACUCUCCUUACGAAUGGAACCAAUUCAAUAUUUCUCACACAAACGAGAGGAGGCCUCCCUUGGAGAGGAGUAAUGUAUGAUUAUAUUCGUCUCGAAGGUCCUCCUCCAAAUUCUUGACUUGUAAUUAAGUAGAAUACUAGAUGGAGAGCUGCAAAAUUUUCAUUUUCGCUCUUCAAUCUGUAGGAAUUAAUUAUAUGGUAGUCCUAGAUGUUGAGGUUCCCUAGCUCUAAUCUAGUUAUAAUACUAGGGAAUGGUAAAAUGUUUUUUUUUUUUUCCUUUUGGGUAAGAACCAUCAGUUUGUAACUAAUAUCUGGCAUUUUUAGUAAUUGUUAGUGCUAGAUGUACUAGAAAUUUUAAUGAUAUUUACCCCUUACAAAAUUUGUAACGUUAUUAGUAAAUGCUCUUAGUUGACAAG